GUCACCUCGCCUAUAAAUUGACAAGCUCGGGGGUUUAGCUUUUUAGAACACGCAUCGGUUGUUGAGGGAGUGCAUCUUAUUGCUUGUGGAGCCGUUUACACGUUGAGACGCCAUGGCACGUACCAAGCAAACUGCGCGUAAGUCCACUGGUGGGAAAGCACCUAGGAAACAGUUGGCUACAAAGGCGGCGAGGAAGAGUGCGCCAUCUACCGGAGGUGUGAAGAAACCUCACAGAUACAGGCCUGGAACAGUAGCUUUGAGGGAGAUUCGCAGAUAUCAGAAGUCGACAGAACUGUUGAUUCGCAAGCUUCCGUUUCAGCGUCUUGUGAGGGAGAUUGCACAGGAUUUCAAGACUGACCUAAGGUUUCAGAGUGCAGCCAUUGGUGCUUUGCAGGAGGCUAGCGAGGCUUACUUGGUUGGUCUCUUUGAGGAUACAAACCUGUGUGCUAUCCAUGCCAAGAGGGUCACCAUCAUGCCCAAGGACAUACAGCUUGCCAGGAGGAUUCGGGGAGAGCGGGCUUAACUUUUCCGCUUGAACGACUUUUUGGGGAUGGGCUGGGGAUUUAAAUUUUUUUAAACUUUUAUUGAACUGAAAUGACCUUCAUGUGGAGGUUUAAGUUUUUAUUUUGUAUUUUGUUAGUAUUGAUAGAAAAAAGGCUAGUGGUUUACAGUGCAACCGUAGAAAAGCGUUUUGUAAAACAUUCCUUCAAUCACACUCAGGUUUCUUAAACAGCAAGGAAGACUUUGUAUUUAAAAAUUGUUAUACCUCUGGCUCAUUGUGCUAUAGCUGGAUUAUAUAGUUUGCAUGCUCUAAAUUAUUAGAUCAGUUACCUUUUUGCAUUGUGAUUACUUUAUUGGGUUGUAAAUAAACUUUCCACUACCUCA